AUGUAUAUAAACGUCAUAGCACAAGUAUGCUCAUUACAAUUUGAUUCAUCUGAUUAUGAAAAACCAUUGAUCCAAAGAAUGUUAGAAUAUUCUCCUAAACAUCAACGAAAACUUAAACCUAAUGCUGUACCAUCAAAUUAUUUGUGUGAAAUAGGAAUGGUGCAUCCUAGACUUCCAGUGGAAAGAGCUGAUGUUAGUACACAGUGUGGUGAUAGCUUGAAUGAAGUUGAGACAGGGUGCUCAUUUUUAUUUUUCGAAGUACACAUUUGUGAUUUCGUAGACGUAGUUACAGAUAGUUUGUGUAAAGAAGAAAAACUUAGUAUAAUAGACCCAGCAACUUGGACUGAUAAUAAUAUGACGCAACAUAUAAGAGCUGAAGUUGUUAAAUUUGGUCCAUACCAAGUGAAGGAUUUUGAUUUUCCAUACUCGGUUAUUGACGGCACAAAAAGAAAAUUCUCAACAUUUUAUUACACAAGAAAAUUGAUAAAUUGUGAAAUUAUAGAAAGACAUUGGUUAGUUUACUCAAAAUCGUGUGAUCGGGUAUUUUGUUUUUGUUGUAAACUUUUUUCUUCAUCUGGACCACAGCAAUCUUUAUUGUCAACUAUAGGUACCAACAAUUGGAAGUGUUUAUCUGAAAAUUUAAAAUCUCACGAACGUUCUAGCCUACAUUUAAAAUCUGUACAGAUAUGGAUGGAACUAAAGUUGAGAAUUUCGGAAAAUUCCACUAUAGAUAAAGCAUAUCAAUCGGCUAUAGAGAAAGAAAAACAACAUUGGAAAAAUGUGAUGAUCCGCAUCAUUGCCGCUAUACAAUAUUUAGCAAAGCAUAACGAUGCUUUCAGAGGAUCUUCAGAUGUAGUGAAUACGGAAAAUAAUGGGAAAUUUAUAGGCAUUAUUGAAAUGAUGGGUAAGUUUGACCCAACUAUAAUGGAACACUUACAUCGAAUAAAAAAUAAAGAAACUCGUAUUCAUUAUCUUGGUCACGACAUACAAAACGAGCUAAUUGAAUUAAUGGCAACAGAAGUAAAAACAAAUAUAUUACAAAAAAUAAAAUUGGCCAAGUAUUAUGCCAUAAUUAUGGACUGCACACCAGAUAUCAGCCGACAUGAACAGUUAUCUUUGGUUAUUAGAAUUGUUGACAUGAAUUCUGAAAAUGAAGGCACUAAUCCAGAAAUUAAAGAGUACUUUAUGGAUUUUGUUAAUAUAAUUUCUAGUACUGGCUUGAACUUAUCAGAAGUACUUUUACAAAAAUUAGCUGAGUAUCAAAUACCCGUGGAAAACUGUCGAGCUCAAUGCUAUGAUAAUGGCGCCAAUAUGGCAGGUCAGUAUAAAGGAGUACAGGCUAGAUUACUAAAUCAAAAUCCAAGGGCGUUUUUUAUGCCAUGUGCUGCUCAUCGGUUAAAUUUAGUAAUUGGGGAUGCUGUCAAAAGUUCUACUAGAGCUAUACAUUUUUUUGGUACUAUUGAACGAAUAUAUACUAUAUUUGCAGCAUCUACAGGAAGGUGGAUGAUUUUUACAAAACAUUGUCACCGUUGGACUGUCAAAAGGUGGUCAGAAACAAGAUGGGAGAGCAGGCAUGAUAGCAUAAAGUCAGUACGAUUUCAAUUUAAAGAAAUUAUAGAAGCAUUGGACGAAGUUUCAGAAACCACAAAUGAUUCUUUAAUUAAAAGCGAAACACAUUCGUUAGUAUCUGAAAUCAGUAAGUAUGAAUUUCUUAUAAGUUUGUGUGUUUGGUACACUGUACUGAAGGAAGUGAAUAUUGUUAGUAAAAGUGUACAAGGUCCAAAUACCAAUUUAGAUACAUAUGCAACAUUACUCAAUGCUCUUAUUAAGUUUAUGGGUGAGUACAGAGAAACGGGAUUUAAUCAAGCUAAACUUGAAGCAAAAGAGCUUGCAGAGUCUUUGGAGAUUGAAACAGAAUUUAAAGUUCCACGGUAUCGAAAAAAAAAAAAGUUGUUUGAAUACGAAGUCUUAAACAAAAUUUACUAA